ACGCCCCUGCACCUCGCCGCGGAGCACGGCCACGCGAAGGUCUGCGUCCGCCUCCUGGACCUCGGCGCGGAAUUGAACGUCGGCAACGGCACGGGCGCGUCGCCGCUCUACAUGGCCUGCCAGGAGGGCCACGCGUCCGUCGUCGCCGCGCUGCUCGCGCGCGGCGCGGGCUUCCUCGACGGGCCCUUGGACGCGCGGGGGCCGGUGCACGUCGCGUGCCAGGAGGGCCACGGCGACGUGCUGACCCUGCUCCUCGACGCCGGCGCCGACGCCGAGGCGCCGGGCGAGAAGCGCGCGACGCCCGUGCACUACGCGACGGAGAACGGCCACGUGGGGGUCGUGAGAUUGCUCGCGCGGCUC